AUAGCAGCUAAACAGGAGCGGCGGAAACAAGGUCUCAUCCACCGAGACAGAAAACCAGCAAUCGACAGCCCUAUCCCCAACAAAAUUUCAAGCAACGUUAAUGUGCUGCUGAAGGAACUGGGACUCCACAGACAUGUCGGCUGCCAGCUGAAGUAAACCCUGCGAUUUGGCUCAACUUUUGAGCCGAAAAGAAGGCCGGUUGGCGAUCGGCGGGGUGUAGCAUCACGGAUCUGUCUCGGACGUUUGUCCUCCGGAGCGGCCGGUAUAUCGGGGUCUCAGAUGAGAAUUUUAAAUGUUCACCUUAACUGAUGAGCGAAGCUGGUAAUACGGGACACCACGGCACUGUCAACGGCUCAAAAUGGCAGAUUUUUAUUGAGUUCUGAGCUGAAGCCUGCCCGCAUUUUUUGCCAUGAGUAAGAAAAGCCCUUGCACCAAUGGCCCCCGUAUUCGAAGUUUCGCUCCCAGGGUCACUGGAACAAAGAGGACUUAAAGUUGAUCUGUACCCCCAUCAGCACCACCACCUAUCUGCAAUGACCAGCAUCACAUCUAUGCAGAGUGAAGGCCACUUGUAUGAAAUGAGGUUGAAAAUGGGAGUAUUUGUCUUCUGUGCUGUAUGUAAACAUGCAGUUCUUUUGUUGAUGGCAGUGUGGGGCCACCACGGGAAGAGAGCCCAAGACUUGCCAGAGUUUCGUCCGUAAAACAGUUUUGUUAGUUACCACUGUAAGAGUAAUUUUUGUGACAAUUGUGAGAGGUAAUGAGUUGAAUUUGAAGAUGGACUGCUCUGGUUUGGGGCUUUCUGCAUCUGUGGCCCCUGACUGAGUUUCUGGCUUCUACUCCGCCUCAUCUCUGUCCUCUCGUGUUGUCUCACUCAGGUAUGGCCUCCCAAGUGCAAGUCUUUUCCCCCCACACUCUCCAGUCAAGUGCCUUCUUUAAUGUGAAGAAGCUGAAGGUGGAGCGCAGUUCUGCCUGGGAUAUGACCGGCUGCGGUACGCACGGCAAAGCAUACAGUGUCAGCAGCAAGACUGUGCCUGCCCCCCAGGUGGGCGUCAGCGCCCCGCUCCAGCUCGCUGGCUCCUCCUUGCCCUACGAGCAGGCACUCGUCUUCCAGGCGGGUGGUGUGGCGGCGGCCACAGCAGCGGCAGUGGGUGGCACUGGCCAGCUCCACAACCUGACCCGGCGUAGCACUGUGAGCCUGCUGGACACCUACCAGCGAUGUGGGCUUAAGCGCAAGAGUGAGGAGCUGGACGGAGCCAACAACAGCAGUGUGCAGAUCGUUGAAGAGCACCCGGCCAUGAUCCAGACCACAGCUACCACUGUGGCUGCUGCAGCCAUUUCCACAGCCGCCUCCAAGAAUGGUGGUACUGGUGGGUCCGAGGGUGACUACCAGCUGGUUCAGCACGAGGUCCUCUGCUCCAUGACCAACACCUAUGAGGUGUUGGAGUUCCUGGGCCGCGGCACCUUCGGCCAGGUGGUAAAGUGUUGGAAGCGUGGCACCAGUGAGAUUGUGGCUAUCAAGAUCUUGAAGAACCACCCGUCUUAUGCACGCCAAGGCCAGAUCGAGGUCAGCAUCCUGGCGCGCCUCAGCACCGAGAGCGCUGACGACUACAACUUUGUGCGCGCCUACGAGUGCUUCCAGCACAAGAGUCACACGUGCUUGGUGUUUGAAAUGCUGGAGCAGAAUCUUUACGACUUCCUCAAGCAGAACAAGUUCAACCCCCUGCCUCUCAAGUACAUCCGGCCUGUGCUACAGCAGGUGGGUACGGCCCUCAUGAAGCUCAAGAGCCUGGGCCUUAUCCACGCUGACCUGAAGCCUGAGAACAUUAUGCUGGUGGAUCCCACCCGGCAACCCUACCGGGUCAAGGUGAUUGACUUUGGAUCUGCCAGCCACGUUUCCAAGGCUGUGUGCUCCACGUACUUGCAGUCCAGAUACUACAGAGCCCCUGAAAUCAUUUUGGGCUUACCUUUCAGCGAGGCCAUUGACAUGUGGUCCCUGGGCUGCGUUAUUGCUGAGUUGUUCUUGGGUUGGCCGCUGUACCCGGGGGCAUCGGAGUAUGAUCAGAUCCGCUACAUCUCCCAAACACAGGGCCUGCCAGCAGAGUACCUCCUGAGCGCAGGGACGAAGACGACUCGUUUCUUUCACAGGGACCCAGACUCCACGUACCCUCUGUGGAGACUUAAGACACCUGAGGACCAUGAAGCGGAGACGGGGAUCAAGUCAAAGGAGGCCAGGAAGUACAUCUUCAAUUGUCUGGAUGACAUGGCACAGGUUAAUAUGGUGACUGACCUGGAAGGUAACGACAUGUUGGCAGAGAAGUCUGACCGGCGGGAAUUCAUCGACCUUCUGACCAAGAUGCUGACCAUAGAUGCAGACAAGAGGAUCACCCCCAUUGAGACACUGAACCACCCUUUCGUCACCAUGACACACCUGCUCGACUUCCCCCACAGCACUCGCGUUAAAUCCUGCUUCCAGAACAUGGACAUCUGCAAGCGACGAGUCAGCAUGUAUGAUGCAGUCAACCAGAGCAAGACCCCCUUUAUCUCUCAUGUGGCCCCCGGGACCUCCACAAAUCUCACCAUGACGUUCAACAGCCAGCUUAGCACAGUGCAUAGCCAGGCCACCAGCCUCACUACCCCCUCCACCAGUGCCACCCUGUCCCUUGCCAAUGCUGAUGUCUCCCUACUAAACUACCAAUCUACACUCUGCCAGCCACCAGCUGUGGCCCAGAGAGGCGUGACCUUGCCCCCAGGCUCCUCCCAGCUGUGUGCUGCCCGGCCUGACCCCUUUCAGCAAGCCCUCAUUGUUUGCCCCCCCGGCUUCCAAGGUCUCCAGGCCUCGCCGUCCAAGCACAGCGGCUACUCUGUGCACAUGGAGAGUGCCAUUCCCAUAGUGACCCAGGCCCCUGGAGCCCAGCCCCUGCAGAUCCAGCCCAGCCUCCUGACCCAGCAGCCCUGGCCCAGCGGUACGCAGCAGAUCCUCCUCCCCCCAGCGUGGCAGCAGCUGGCCCACCCCUCGGUGCCGCAUGCCACCAUCAUCCCUGAUGCCAUGGCGACCGCGCAGCCGCUGGCAGGCUGGAGGAACUCCCAUCCACACAGUAGUCACUACAAUCCCAUAAUGCAGCAGCCGGCCUUGCUCCCGGGUCAUGUGACCCUCCCCUCCAGUCAACCCCUGAAUGUCGGUGUUGCCCAUGUGAUGCGACAGCAACCAACCAGCAUUUCCUCUUCAAAGAAAAAUAAACAGCACCAGUCUACGGCCAGGAACGCGUCAGCGUAUGAGGUGACGUCCUCGCAGGCAUUGCCCUCACCCCAGCGCUCCAAGCGUGUUAAGGAGAAUACGCCACCCCGCUGUGCCAUGCUCCAGAAUGGCCCACCCGCAGGCUGCGGCCCGUCACUGGCCUGCAGUAGCUGGGGAAAUUCGGCAACCAGUAGCACGCAGGAUCAUCAGCAGCAUCCAGCUGCCCCGCCCGUGGCCCAAGCCCUACCCCCACGCCAGACCAUAGUCAUCCCCGAUACGCCCAGCCCCACCGUCAGCAUCAUCACCAUCAGCAGCGACACUGACGAGGAGGAUGACCAGAAGCAGGACACUUCCAGCACAAUGUCUAAGCAGAGGAAGAACGUCAUCAGCUGUGUGACAGUGCAUGACUCCCCUGUCUCGGACUCCUCAAGCAGCAGCAGCAGCCCGUACGCUGUGGAGGCCCAGCCGACCAACGGCAACAGCCUCGACUCCAAAGGUGCCCCGCUGGACAACUGCUGCAACGGCAAUCCCCGUACCAUCAUCGUCCCGCCCCUCAAGAGCCAGUCUGAGUCACUGGCCCAGUGCGAGCGUCUGCUGCCAGAAACAGCUACACACCAGGGCUCUGCUUACAAAUUCAAAUCCACCAAUGGGGCAGCAGCUAGUGGUGGCUCCUCUUCUGGAAGCGUGACCGGUGGUGGGCCUUUACGGCAGCAGCGCCCUGGGCCACACCACUUCCAGCAGCAACCCCUCAACCUCAGCCAGCAGGCACAGCAACACAUGAUGGCUGAGUGUGGCUCUGCCCCCCGGCGACAGCAGGCCUACAUCGCACCCACCCUGUCGGCCCAGGCCCCCUACUCCUUCCACCAGAGCAGCCCCUCCCGCGCGGGUGCCGUGCACCUGCCUGGCCAGCCUCACUUGUACACAUAUGCUGCCCCUGCUGCCCUGGGGUCCAGUGGUGCUGUGGCCCACCUGGUGGGUCCCCAGGGCUCAGCCCGGCAUGCUGUCCAGCACGGCGCAUACCCUGCGGGCAUGGUGCCCGUAGGCAUGGGCCACCGUGUACUGCCCUCACCCACCCUCCACCAUGGCCAGUACCAAGCCCAGUUCACCCACCAGACCUACAUCAGCGCGUCUCCCGGCUCUGCCGUCUACACUGGAUACCCCCUGAGCCCCACCAAGGUGAACCAGUACCCGUACCUCUAGACCCAACACUGGAGCCUGACACCCUGCUGCUCAGCCCCCCAAAGCCCUGCUCCUCUCCCUGCAGAGAAGAACUCCAGCACACUUGAAGACAGUGACAGAGAUGACCACAUGGGGGAAGGGGGGUACCGUUAGGAUUUUUCUUUUAAAGCUGUUCUGCCAUAUUUCCUGUAGGCCUCUCUGCCUGUCCAUGGCCAUACGGCAUCGUUCUCAGAUUCUAUUCCCUGUCCACUUCCCUCCUUCCAAAAGCGCCUUGGAGCCUAAUAAAAACAGAUGAGAAGUACAGGCCUCCUCCGAGGACUCUCUCGCCGGAUACAAUCCCCCAGGGGGGGAGAGAGGAGGCUCCCUGCUGCUCAAUGCUGGCAAACUAAGGAUGGCCUUGAACUGACUUAACCUUUUCCAAAAUCCUCCCCCCCAACCCCAUGAGUGAUCAGCUGGAGUCCCACUGGAAGUGCAACGGCGUGUGACUGACAGAUUCUGCUAGUGUGUUUAUAGAUUUUUUUUUUGCUCUCCCCCCCCCCUUUUUAUUCACUUCUGGGAAAAACAUAGGUUUGUUUAUUUUUACGUUGGUGGGGGGGUGGGGAGGAGCUUUUUAGAAUGUAGCAGUCUGCAUCCUUUCAUUUUGUGAAGAAUUUAGAUACCUGUAGUUAUGUUAGUCUUCUCUCAAUGUAAUUGCACAGUGGUUAUGAGAACAUAGGCAUGUACUACGUGGUCGUGUGUGUGUGUGCGUGCGCGCAUGUGUGAGUGAACAUGUACGUGUUUUACGAGUGUGCAUGUGUGUGUAGUCUGACACCUUUAGCACCUUGGUGCAGCCCUGACCAGGCUUAGUCUUAGGUUUUAGCAUUGUUUCCUCAUAGUGCCUUACAAGUAUAUGUGACGUGGUUUAAAGUUUACUACUCUGGAACCUCUACAACCAACAGAGGCUCGUCUGAGAGACGGAUCCUCAGCCCGAUGCCUGCGGAGAACCUGACCCAGCCAUGACUUCCUCCCAUCUUGCUUUACCUAGCUUCACGAGCCGACCGCUUAGCUGUCUGGCAUGAUUAGGUUCCUUGCAUCUGUGUGUCUGACCAUAACCUGAAGUGAAUAUUUAUGUUAGGUACUGAACCAAAGUCAUGUGUAUAUGUGUAUAUAUACUCUGGAUGUAGAGUAACUGUCGGCCUCAGCUAACCUCAUCUAAUGUUGGAGCAACAAGCAGUGAGGAAACAGCAUUUUAGAUGUUCAUAAAGAGGGUGCGUAUAAUAACAACUAUGAUAAUAAUAGAUUAUUAUUAUUAUUAUUACUUUUAUUAUUCUAACAAGAAAAAAAAGAACAAAUUUGUAUGCCGAUGCACAGUGGGUGAGGAGUGCAGGGAAGUUAGGGGGGGGGGUCUUGGGGGGUCUUUCCCCACUAGGGACACUGAAGGUGCUUCAGGGUGGGCUGGAGUGAGGAGCCUGGAGCGUUUUUGUAGGAAUGGUGCUGUAUCAGAAUGGAUGGGCGUGGCAUUGAGGGUGACACAGAGGGGUUACCAAUUUUAGAGGCAUUGAGGCUGGCACUGAGAGGACUGGGUGGGUCACCAGGCAUGACAAGAAUGUGACUGUGUGCCCCCUCCCCCCAAAAGGGGCUGAAAGUCUCUUCAUGGUCACGGUUUCUGUGCAGACUUCCUGAGGACAUGGACAAGUGAAGAAGGGUCGGCAGGGUGUACUCCCCACCACAGCUGCCCCCUCCAAGUGGUAUUCUUCCAUUUCGCAUUAUGGCAAAUGUUACUUGUGGUUAAAAACAAAACAUGUUGCGUUGCUGUUAGAGAUUGUCACCAUGUUCCUGUCAGAGCUGGGUCUGUACGUGUCUCCCCAGUUCUGAGCAGGGAUGGCUUGGUUUCCAAGAAGUGCUGUGGCUCUUAAGAUGCUAGAAUGUUCCGGCAGCAGAGAUAACGAGAAGGUAAUCAUGAACUUACUGUGUGAAACAUUCCCUUGGGGCGUGCGUUCGUGUGCGUGUGUGUGUCUGUGUGUGUAGCACCUGGACUCUUGCCUCAGCCAAUGAAGGGAAAAAGAUAUGUGUGACUUUUUGCCUGCUCUUCAGUGUCCUUUUUAACUGCUGUCUUGCCAAGACCACACACAGCCCAAGGAGAACAUCACCCUACGUGUGUGAGUGUGUGUCUGUUUGUGUCUGUCUGUGAGAGAGACCCUAGCAGUUCAAGCACAGGAGUAAAUACAUCUGCACAAGUCUGGCUGCUACAGAGAGUCUUUCUGAGAAGGAGCCAUCUGCCUCUCCCCUAUUUAUCCUGAGCCCACCAAAGAAGCUCACCAUAGUGACAGUCUUGCCACUCCCUCCUUUUACCACAGACACGCCUGAGAGAAACGUGCUCACUUUAUAUGAAAAAUCAUGUGUCAUAGGCUUUGUGAGAAAUGAACCUUUCAAACGAUGUCUUGCCAAUACUUUCUCAUAAGGUGCAAGUGUAUGUGAGCAGUGCCAGUGCACAAAAACACACACACACACACACACUCUAUAACUGUCUUCAAUGUCCAAAUUAGAGUUGCCACAGAUCGUUUUUAUUACAGUAAUCCCAUUUUAAUAAUGACUGCUUUCCUGGUUUUAAGGUCAACUAUCACGUGUCCACAAAGCACCUCACUUAAUCUCUAUGAAGGAAUUCGGCCAUGGUGUUUAUCUGUGAACCUUUCACCAGUGUUUCAUUCUGGAUGUACUGUUUUGUCAGUACAGUAUUUCACUGUUUAUAUGUGUCUCAUUUUUAAGGUUAGCAUACCAUAGCUGUGACCUCUGGGGGUGGAGGGGGGGUUGAAAAGAAAUACCAUUUAAAUAAAACUGUCACAUUUCACAGAAAUCUUGAAAAAUCUGAACCUGGGAGUUGGCGAGAGCUUUGGUAUGUUCUCUUUUCGAUUGGUAAUGUCUGGUGUUCACUUUAAUAGCAUUUGCCAUGCAUCUGUGAAAGGCUGUACGUUAACUCACCGGAAGAACUAAACAACCAAUAAAUGAUGUUAGUGACCUUCAGUGUAGUUUCUAUUAUAGUCAAAGAGUAUACACAUAAAUGUUCUAUUCAUUUCAAAACAUUUUUGUUUUUCUUUUGAAGUUUCAUAGCUGGAAUUAAACUUUACCGUGUGCAAGCUGUGGAUAGGCCUUUUGUAUCCCUAAUGGCAAGUAUAACUGAAUUAACUGACUCUGUAUCUAGAUGUUCGAAGAAAGAAAAAAAUAUGAAGAUUGCUUCUGUGUUUAUUAUGUUUACAAUGUACAGUUAGGUAGACGCAUGAGUCGUUUUCUCAAGAGUGAACUACACUGUCUGCAGAAGAUUCAGAAACAUAAUUACCAAUUGUACUUCCCUGGGCUGACAUGCUCUGUUCACAACUGUGUAUGGAAUAUAAAAAAGAACAGAGUCCUUUCAGCGUGCUUUGAAGUAAAGUCCAGCCCCUUAAAACCAGUACUUACUGCCUUCCAGAUGAUGAACUUUACUUCCAAAGCUUUGAGGUUCAAAUAAAAGGCUACUUUUUUUAAGGG